ACGUUAAUCAAACGCAAUGCCAAAAAUACUUAAUUUACAGCAAACAAGAGAGACUUUUAGGAUACUGCUAUUUGUUAUCAUUUGAUUGGUCACAAACUCUAGUCACAUGUCAAAAAUAUGGCGGCGCCCAGGCCUGGAAAUACUGAGCGAGGUUGGAACGACCCUCCAGUAUUUGAUUACCAAUCCUCUAGUGCCCUGCAGUCCUCACACAAAAGGACAAACUUAAACAGACGUGUUGCAUACCCGUUAUCAAACAAGGACAAUGCGGACAGGGAUGGUGCAGGUACAACAUUAAAUCCCUCUGAAGGCCCCCCUUUACUGAUGCCUGUGGUGACGUCCUCCCCUGUCCAGCUACUCCCACCAGUGCCCACCACCUGUGCCCCCGCCCCAGUUCCUCUCCUUGUCCCCGGAAUGGUUGUGACACCACCUGCUGUCAGCGCUGUCACAUCACCGAUCAGUCAAGGCAGUAAAGCGGGGUUUAGCAGCCUAGAAGAGGCACUGAAGGCAUUGAAUCUCCAGAGUCCUGCAGAGUUACUCGACAUCAUCACUACCUCACUACAGGGCAGCCUGGACAAAGUCAAGUCCUCAAUUACGGAAAGAUCUUUUGAUGAUGUGAAGAAGAAGAUCCAGUUAUUCAGGGAAUCAUGGGACAACCUGCCCCUCCUGGUGAAGUGUAGAAUGUGCAGUAUGGCUGAAGCAAUGAAAAAGACUGACUAUGAUGAAGCAUGGUCCAUUCAUCAAAAUCUGAUGGUGGAUUAUACUGCAGAGGUAAAUGUAUGGAUGGUGGGCAUAAAGAAGGUUAUCCAUGAAUUACGAAAUCUUCCUGAACUUUCUCGUACUCCUGGAGAUGGUCAAGAAUCAGCUGAACAGAGCGACAGUCCGGUGAUUCAGCCAGACUCUGGCAACUGUGACACAGGCAUCAGUGAAGUCGGUUCUCCAGAAAAUCAGGAUGUGGUAAACUGUGAUACUGAGAAAGAGGAUACUAGCCAGACUGACGUACAGACAGACAACUCCACUGAGGGAAAAUCUCAAAGCAACAUAGAAUAGAUAUGAGAGUAUAGAGCACAAAAAUUUCAUAUUGCUUCCUGCCCAGACAUCAGCAAUGUCCUUCCCGCUUCCAUCAUAACUACCAUGAGAAACCGUUGGUGUUGGAAUUUUUAGGUCAUGACAGGAUUGCAUUUUUUCAUGGGAAGGUUGAUAUUAUAAUGUGAUUGUUACCAGUUUCAUUUCUUACAGUUUUGUCUUUGAAUAAACUUUUUAUGUAUUUAUGAUACACAAACUGUUACGGUGUAAAUGAAAUUUUAGCAAGACACAAAUUUAGCGAUUUUUCCAUAAAAGUGGGUAAAUAAAUUUAGCAAGAGCUGAUUUUAAUGACAUUAUAAUUCAAAGAAGGUAACUAUUACCUCCAAUAUGGAAUAAAUUGUUAGCGAUAUUCAAUUUUAGCAAAUCGAUCUCAACACCCUUGCUAAUAAUGCCAAAAUUAAAUCCUCACUAAAAACUCUUCUCAUAUGGUAAUAGAAAUCAUGUCUGAUAGCUGGCUGUGUAUGUAGUCUGGAGGAUAUAUAUAUGUCGUGAUUACCUUCUGCAAACUAGAGUGUCAAACAUAUGGGUAUCCUUGGUGAUGGUGACACAAUAUUUGAGAUCAUGUUUUCCAUCAUUAUCUGAUACAGUAAAACCACGUAAAGUGAAAUGCUGGGGAAAAACAAUUUUAAUUCGUUAUAAACAUAAUUGGGUAUAUCCAAUAAGUUAAUAAUCUAUAUUAAAACUACAGGGAAUAGAACUCUCUUUGCUGUAAAUGCAAAUUCAUUUCAAGUGUGUUCACUGUAACCGUGUUUGACUGUAAAUGGUGCUAAUUUUACAAGAACUAAUCACAUUAGCAAAUUCAUCAAAAAAUUAUUUAUUAUGCUGUGUUGGAAACCUUUUGCUAUGAUACAUGUACUGGGUAUGUACACAAAGAUCAUGUAGUGGGUGUGUCCUUGUAGACUUGUACUGAUGAUGUAAGUAUUGUGUAUAGCUAACACUAGAAUCAUUUUUAUACAGAGGGUAUUGUUCCAUUUAAACUGCUUUCCAUUGAUAAUGUUAACAAAAGUUAACCAUUCCAAAUUUUGCCCGAGAAUAGAAUUUUAUUUUUAAAGUUGAUGUUCAAACGAAAGAAAAAAGUGUUCUGCAGACUCAGUAUGUUGUGAAACUUGCAUUGUCCUGAUUUUAGAAGAAUUUUGCAUAUCAUGUUUAAAUUCUAAUGAAAAAAGUUCUAUUGAUCAUGGUGCAACAUCUUGAAUAAAAUUAUGAGGGUGCCAAGAGUAAGUGCAAUAUUUAUAGGUUAUAGACUUUGUAUGGGAAAAUAUGCCAACCGAGUUUUUUGGUGCGUAGACGGACCGAGCUUGCGAGGUCCAUCCGCGACAAAAAACGAGGUCGUCAUAUUUUCCCAUACAAAGUCUAUAACCUUUUUAUUAUAUACUUUCAAUUUCAUUUAGAAACUAACAAUAAUUUUAUUUUUAACAAUUUCUUUAUUGGUUUAACUGAGUAAAAGAUGAAAAACACGAAAAAAAAUUAAAUUAACGGCGUAGUAAUUUACUUGUGUAUUGAUUGUGACGUAAUGUUUGCGAGCCGGAAUGUUUCUGGGCAUAUAUCGUGUGAUAUAUGCCCGCAAACUUUUAAAGAAAAAAGAAGAGAUGAAAUUGAAAGUAUAUAAUAAUGUCUAAUAUUAGAAAUGUAUAUGACUAUUUGCAUAGUAAAAUAUAAUGUACGAUGUACAUCCAUAUUGGGUUGUUACAGAAUAAAUGAAAAAUGUGA